UGCAGGAAGUUAUUCACGAUAGAAGAAGACAGAGAAGCAGUGAUGGUGCGGGUGAAGUCGAGGUAUUUACUAUGCGAGGUGAACGUGUCGGACCGGACCCGCCUGCUGCUGCUGGAUGACCGAGCUGUGGCUGAGACAGUGAAGGCAACAGUGGCCCGCAUACACGGAGACUAUGGAGCAGCUAUGUGCAGCAUCAGAUUCUCUGUGAAAUAUCUGAACACUCAUACUGGAAUAGUAUUCCUGCGUUUCCCUAAAAGGUGUUACAAACUCCUGUGGUCCGCCUUGCCUUUUAUUACCUGUAUUGAAACUCGGGGGCAGAAAAUCCCAUGUUUUCUGAACUGUUUACACGUAGGAGGAACAAUUAGAACGUGUCAGAAGUUUCUGAUCCGAUACAACACACAGCAGCUCCAUCGAAUGCUCCCGAAAUGUAAAAACGAAGAAGAAAAACAACAGGUGCGCAAAGCAAUUCUAAACUGCAUUCUACCAGGAGGAAACAAGCAAGAUGAAGAUAUUUUAGAGAGCGACGAUGAAGAAGAGUAACCUUGCAACAUGCAAGAGGAGGUAGAAACGACCUCCGGUUCUGGUUGUGUUUUAUUACGGGACAGAGAGGAGGCUGUGAAGCAAGAGAUGCCUUCCCAACUCUUUGGAAAUGUUGUUCAUUGCAGCCAGAGAGCAUUUGUUACUUAAGAGAACUGACUGUGUGCUGUCUUCAUAACAGGGACACUACAUGAUAUUUGUCACAGUUUUUUGGUUGGCACAGUGGACUGAUGGUCAGCAUGAGUGUCCUGUAACAGUGAGAUAACAGAUCCUCAGAACUGCCAAUGCUGACGCUGAAUUACUAUCUCAUAGUUGUUUUGGAUAAGGGACCCUUAAAAUGUAAUUAAAAAGUCUUUCACAGAAAAUUAGACCAUGGCCUAAUUCUGAAGAAAGUGUUUUGAGUUGUUCUGAAUUUCUACUGUAUUUCUACAAUGUUUUGUUUCAAUCUUUAUUUUGUUUGUAAAUUAAAG